AUGACCGAAGCUCGUCUAGCCCGCCCAGAAUCGACUGAGGGAACCAGCCCACCACCUGGGGAUGUGGAAAAGUUUCAAAGCGCGAUAACGGAAAUCAAUACGAAUGCACAAAUUGACGAGUUCCCUCUUCCCACAGAGGCCGAGAGUCAGACGUUGCGCCGAGUCGCAGGGACACUGCCUCUUGUCUCCUUCUCACUAUGUUUGGUUGAAUUCGCCGAACGUGCAUCCUACUAUGGGUCCAAGACAGUCUUUUCCAACUUUAUACAAUUUCCACUUCCCGAAGGCGGCAAUGGAGCUGGUGCUACGCCCCGCGGAACUCAACAAACUGCCGGGGCUUUGGGCAUGGGGCUUCAAGCCAGCUCUGCAUUGACAUUGUUGUUUGUCUUCUUGGCAUAUGUGAUUCCAAUACUUGGCGGCUGGUGGGCAGAUGUCCAUGUGGGCCGAUACAAGGCGAUCAUGGUCGGUGUGGUCAUUUGUGGCGUCGCCCAUAUAAUCCAAAUUAUCGGUGCUAUUCCCGCUGUCCUUCAGAAGGGCUCAUCCAAUGCUGCUCCCCCCUUCAUUCUCGGCCUCCUGAUAUUGGCUGCUGGUGCUGGAAUCUUUAAACCAAACGUUUCUCCCUUGAUCCUGGACCAAAUUCACCAGAAGAAGUCCUAUACGAAGCAGCUUAAGUCCGGUGAAAAGGUCAUCGUCGAUCCAGAUGCCACCAGCACAAAGACCAUGCUUGUUUUUUAUGGUUUUAUUAACAUCGGUGCUCUCUUUAUGCUCGCUACUACAUAUGCUGAGAAGUAUGUUGGAUUCUGGCUGUCAUUUCUGUUGACGGGAAUCAUUUAUUUGCUACUCCCAAUUCUACUCCUAACGGUUCGCAAUAGAAUAUACAAGGAGCCACCCAGUGGGGGAUCUGAGCUCACACGAGCGUUGAAAAUCACAACGAUCGCACUCAAACAGAACAAGUUUCGAGUAUGGCGUACGAACUUCUGGGAUGCUGCAGACCCUGAUACCCUGCGCAGUAAGGGCAUCACAGUGGACUGGACAAGGGAUGCGGUGAAUGAUGUUACAAGGACUCUCGGCGCAUGCGAUGUGUUUUUGUUUUUCCCCAUCUGGAACCUCAACGUCGGCGGUAUUGGCUCGGUUGUAACAAACCAAGGCGCAGCCAUGAUCACAAACGGGGUCCCUAAUGAUGUUCUGAGUAACUUCAGCCCACUGACGAUCAUUGUCGCAAUCCCGUUCUUGACCUUCGUGGUUUACCCGACUCUGCGCCGUCAUAGAAUCCAUGUGGGCCCCAUCACCCGCCUCACGUUUGGAUUCUUCUUGGCGAUGAUUUCCGGCAUUGUAGGGACUAUAGUGCAAUGGAAAGUAUACAAGCUAUCGCCAUGCGGAUAUUACGCAUCAACGUGCGACACGGUUGCUCCUAUCAGUAUUUGGUGGCAGGCUCCAAAUAUUGUUCUUGGGGCAUUGAGCGAGUGCUUUUGCAACGUUACCGCAUACGAACUGGCAUAUGCGCGAUCACCUCCAAGUAUGAAAGGCCUGGUUGUGGCAGUCUUCCUAUUUAUGAAUGCGCUCUCGAGCGCACUUGGUGAAAUUUUGAUUCCAGUCACGAAGGAUCCCUGGCUAUUAUGGAUCUGGAGCGCACCGGCAGUUGCACUGGCUCUCCAAACGAUCAUUUUGUGGGUGAGAUUCAAAGGGCUCAACAAUACCAUGGAUGGAACAGAUAAUCCCCGUCGCUCUGAUAGUGAGGCGAAGAGCAAUGGGCAGACACCAGCGGGAAAUAUAGUGAAUGUUUGA